AAGACGGAUAGAAACUACAAGCAUGAAAAACCUUUUUAAUCUCAACAGAGCCAAAAGAAAACCCUACCAACGUAGAUCUUCGCUCAUACUCGUCUCAAUCUCUUCUCUCAUCCUCUUCUUCUUCAUCGUAUCCUACAAUCAAAUCCCCAAGUCUCUCUUUUCAAUCCGAUUAACCGACAAUCAACCGCCACAAUGCCGGGCCAAAAUCUCAACAGCGAGAGAGAAAUUCAUGUUGUACGCUCCGCACAGUGGAUUCAACAACCAGCUCUCGGAGUUCAAGAAUGCUCUGUUGAUGGCGGGUAUAUUGAACCGGACAUUGAUUGUACCACCGAUUCUUGAUCAUCAUGCUGUUGCUCUUGGCAGUUGCCCUAAGUUUAGGGUAUUGGGUCCCAAAGAGAUUCGCCUUUCUGUUUGGGAUCACGUUAUUGAGCUCCUACGGGCUGGGAGGUACAUCUCCUUUGCUGACAUAAUUGAUAUUUCAUCUUUAGGAUCUCCCUCGGCUGUUGUUAAAACCAUUGAUUUCAGGGUUUUUGCAUCCAUGUGGUGUGUUGCAGAUAUUGAUUUUGUUUGCUUAAAUGAAUUUGAUUCCCAGUCUUCUUUGUUUGAAAGCUUAAAACAGUGUGGGAAUCUACUUUCUGGGAUCUAUGGUAACAUAGACAAUUGCUUGUAUGCGUUGGAUGAAGAUUGCAGAACUACUGUCUGGACAUACCAAAAUGGCGAAGGGGAUGCAGUAUUAGAUUCAUUUCAACCUGAUGAACAACUCAAGUCGAAAAAACACAUCUCAUAUGUUAGGAAACGGCAAGAUGUGUUUAAGACCCUUGGACCUGGUUCUGUAGCUGAAUCAGCUGCAGUUUUGGCAUUUGGAAGCCUUUUCACAGCCCCUUACAAAGGGUCAGAGCUAUAUAUUGAUAUCCAUGAAGCUCGAAGGGAUCCAUUGGUACAGUCUUUGAUUGAAAACAUUAAAUUUCUUCCAUUUGUCCCUGAAGUUGUAAAUGCAGGGAAGAAAUUUGCAUUAGAAACCAUAAAGGUUCCUUUCCUUUGUGCUCAGCUUAGGUUGUUAGAUGGGCAGUUCAAGAACCACUGGAAGGCUACUUUUAUAAACUUAAAACAAAUGCUGGAAUCCUUAAGGCAAAGGGGUUCUCGACCUAUUCGUAUUUUUGUGAUGACUGAUCUUCCUGAGGGUAAUUGGACUGGUAGUUACUUGGGGGAUUUGGCCAGAGAUUCAGAGAGUUUCAAGUUGUAUUCUUUGAAAGAAGAUGACGAGUUUGUAAUUCAAACAGCCAGAAAAAUUGCAGCUGCAGGACAUGGCUUGAGGUCUCAGUCUUUUCGAAGAACUCUUGAUAGGGUUGACAAGCAAAAGAAACCUUGUGCAGCUCAAAAACUUCCAGACGUACUUCUGUAUAUAGAGGAAGCCAUAUGCAGUUGUGCUUCACUUGGUUUUGUUGGAACUGCUGGUUCGACAGUUGCUGAGAAUAUAGAGCUGAUGAGAAAGUUUGAUGUAUGUUCAACUCAUAGCGUGACGGUAUCAUGAUCCUAGCAGAAGCCUAAGGAUCUAAAGGAAUCUUCCUGAGUUACUUCAUUCAUUCCACGAGACUAAUAGCUUGACCGCAGCAUGACCUUUGUAUUUGGUCAUGAUGAAUUCUGAUUCAUUGAGUUCUCUUCAGAUGUCAAAUGUUGAGGAGUUUGGACGCAUUUAUUUAUACUAUUCUACCGUGCAAGAUUGAUGAAUCUAAGCACUGCUAUUUCUGUGUAAGGUGAUGGUAUCUACGGUCGCAUGCAAUCAUCAUUCUCAAUUAUCUCCUCCAUAAAAAAGAUUGAGCAUCAUGUUUCUCGGAGGACUUUUCCGUGUAAGUUCCAACUUGGCCAAGGUUACAGGUUGUCUUAAUAUCACAUAUACGAGGAAAAGUGGUGGUUACUUCUUACCGGCUUUGACAGGUAGAUUUGCUGUCUCUCGGGUGUAUUUCUUUUGUUGAUGCCCAGAUAAUUUAUGUAUCUAACCAGUUAAUGAAGUUGUGGAUGUAAAAUUGCUCAUAUGUGGAGAGUUAGGAGAGUGAUUAGUUUUUGUCAGAUGCACAACAGCACCAUAACUAGGGCGUUGAUUAUUUUCUGUGUAUGUGAUGUACUGAUACCUGUGUCAUUUUUAUGAAGAUUUCCACCAUGCUCGGCAAAUGGUGAGCUUAUUGCAAUAUAUAUCCUGAUGGAAACUACCUUGGCAGAAGUUGUAA